UCAAAUCCCGCAGCCAGCGCGCUCGGCCGCUCCGCGCCUGCGCGGACUCUGUUCGCGCCGCGCCCCACCCCGCGCUUCCCCAGGGGCGGGCCUGGCGCGCGCGGAUGACGUCACGCGGCGCGUGCCGGGUCGCCCGUGGUAACCCCGAGACCGCGGAAGUGGAGACCAGCGGGCAGGCGGUCGAGCCAGGUAACCUGUGCGCCCGGGUUGGGUCCCCGCCUUCCUCUCGUGCUCACCGGCUACAGCAGCACCCCGUCCCGCUGGCGGCGGGCGCCCGCCCCUGCUUCGCCUUUGCGCUGGCAGCAGAGACCCCCUUCCCCUCAGCUCCCCGGACUCCGGGGUCGGUAACCCGCCCUGGGCGCCCCCGCUGACCGCCCCAGCCCCCGGCAUUGCGAUGGGCCUGGACCCCGCUGUCCCGCCGCCUUAGCCUGGUCUGCUGCCGCCUCCUCUCUCUUGGGCCCGCACCACCCGUCCCGCGCCCUCCGAGCCCUACAGGGCACGUCCGCAGCCCGGGCUGGGCAGACCCAGCAGUCCGAGUCUGUCCGUGCCACCUGCGGCGAAGCCCGCCCUCCCGCUGCCCCAGGACCCUUGUCGAAAGCACCAAGUUCUGAGUUUGGGUGUCGCUGAAGAGCAUGCCUUCCCUGUCAGUCUGGAGUUGGCGCACUAACGCACGUAUUCAGCGGGCUGAGGGCAUGGCGGUGGCUGCGGUGGCGCAGUCAUGCGAACGUCUAUUGUGAUAAUGAUCCACGUGGGAGCCAAUCAGCUGCCGAGUACUCACCGAUGACUUCAUCUGUACAGCUGCAGCCCUGUGAUGUGAUCACCAAAUAAAUCUCUAGGUUGUCAGUCAGCGACCUCAUUCUCUGCAAAGACCGUAAGUACAGUACUCCGUUGCCAAUGUAGGCCUUCGGGAUCCUCUCCAGGAAGAGCUCUUUGGCUCAAGUUCGGCUACCCUACAGCAGGCCUCUUGCCUUGCAGCCCAGCGCCAUCGCUCGUUCAAGUUCACGGCGAACGCUGAACGCCUGCAGCCUGCGGGCUGCAGAAGGCGUCACCACUACCCACCGGGCGCUCGCAGCGCCCCCUGCUGACGCCACCCGCAAUGUGUAUCUCUUUUUAAGUCUGAAAUACUGAACUUCAAACAAUCCUUGCUAUUGUUUAUAUGCUUUUACUGCGUCUUUUGUUCCAAAUUAAGUGAUAUUCUCUAUCUUCUGUAGGUCACUUGUGGAAAAAAAUCACUGUAAAUCAUUGUGAGACUGAAAGUUGUGGAAGCAUAACUUGUGGCAUAGGUGUUUUUUGAGGAAGCAGCCAUUUAUGAAUCUGGAGGAUUAAGGCAAGAGAGGAAGCUCCAUCUGAGAUUUUAACCAACCUUUCAAACAGCAAACUACACCAUGGACCUGAAGCUAGACCCUUCCCGAGAUGAUCUGCCUCUUAUGGCCAACACCAGCCACAUGCUUGUGAGGCACUAUGUGCUGGAUUUAGACGUGGAUUUUGAAAGUCAUAUCAUUGAGGGCACCAUAGUGCUUUUCUUUGAGGAUGGAAAACAAGUCAAGAAACAGACCAGUUCCACCAAGGAAACCUGCCAGUUGGAGUCAAGUGAAGCCCGCAAACUUAGGACACCUGAACCUUGCCAUAUUCCUGUGACAAAUGUAAGGACCUUGUCAUCUAAAAUGGGAUAUAAUGAUUUUGCAAUCUGUGAUAAAGGUGAAAAAGAUACUUCUGAUAAAGAUGGUAACCAUGACAACCCAGAACAGGCUUCUGGUCUCUGUAACUCACAGUACUGCUGCGACACAGGGGACCACGGGAGGGAGGGUUUUUUGCUGGUGCUGGACUGCUGUGAUUUGUCUGUGUCAAAGGUCGAGGAGGUGGACGUCGCUGCUGUGCCAGGCAUUGAGGAAUUUACAAGGUCUCCCAAGCUCUCGGUUAUUUCUGAGGAGCUCAGGAAUGAGGUUGUUGGUGAACUUGUGACUCUGCCUGCAGAUCGUUGGAGGGAGCAGUUAGACUAUUAUGCUCGCUGCAGCCAGGCUCCUGGCUGUGGGGAACUGUUCUUUGAUACUGAUACUUGGAGCUUACAGAUCAGGAAGACAGGGGCUCUGACAGCUUCUGAGUUUCCUCAUGCCAUCAGGAUAUGGUACAAGACCAAACCCGAGGGGCGGUCAGUUGCUUGGACCUCAGACCAGAGUGGCAGGCCGUGUGUUUAUACUGUGGGAUCGCCCAUAAACAACAGGGCCCUUUUUCCCUGCCAGGAGCCACCCGUUGCCAUGUCAACAUGGCAGGCUACGGUCCGAGCAGCUGCAUCUUUUGUUGUUUUAAUGAGUGGGGAAAAUUCUGCCAAGCCAGCACAGCUUCGGGAAGGGUGCUCAAGCUGGCAUUACUACGUAACCAUGCCGAUGCCCGCCUCCACCUUCACAAUCGCAGUGGGAUGCUGGACAGAAAUAAAGUCGGAGACGGAUCUGGUGACAGAGCGGCCCUUCCCAUCCCCCGAGGCCAACUUCAGGUGUGCUGGUGUUUGUGGUCACACGGAAUACCCCUGCCGCUUCCAGGAUGCCUCUGCCACUGCCCAGGAGGUCAUUCCUCAUCGAGUCUUUGCCCCGGUGUGCCUCAGGGAUGUCUGCCAGGAGACCCUCGUGCCUCUGAUCCCUCCUUGCCUCUCUGCUGCGCACUCUGUCCUGGGAACACACCCGUUCUCCCGGCUGGAUAUACUCAUUGUUCCUGCCAACUUUCCAAGUCUGGGGAUGGCCAGCCCACACAUCAUCUUCCUCUCUCAGAGCACCUUGACAGGCACGAACCACCUCUGUGGGACCCGUCUCUGCCACGAGAUCGCUCACGCCUGGUUUGGCCUCGCCAUCGGGGCCCAGGACUGGACGGAGGAAUGGCUCAGCGAAGGCUUCGCCACUCACUUGGAAGACGUGUUCUGGACCAAGGCGCAGCAGCUGACGCCCCACGAGGCCCAGGAGCAACAGGAGCUGAGAGCCUGCCUGCGCUGGCGUCGCCUCCAGGAUGAGCUGCGGAGCUCCCCCGAGGAGAUGCAGGUGCUGAGACCCAGUAAAGAGAAAACUGGCCAGGUGAGUGAUUCAGGAGCUUCUGUGGUCAAACAUGGACUCAACCCCGAGAAGAUCUUCAUGCAGGUUCAUUAUCUAAAGGGCUACUUCCUUCUCCGGUUCCUUGCCAAAAGACUUGGAAAUGAAACCUAUUUUUCGUUUUUAAGAAAAUUUGUACACAUGUUUCAUGGACAGUUGAUUCUCUCUCAGGAUUUCCUUCAAAUGCUGCUGGAGAGUACCCCAGAGGAAAAAAGACUCGAGCUAUCUGUUGAAAACAUCUUCCAAGACUGGCUUGAGAGUUCUGGAAUGCCAAAGCCGCUGCGGAGCGAGCGCCAGGCCGAGUCGGAGUGCGGGCUCGCGCGGCAGGUGAGCGCCGAGGUCACAAAAUGGAUUCGAGUGAACCGCAGACCCCGAAAACGGAGGCGAAGGCAGGAAAACGAGGUGUUUGAAAAGGGUAACGAGAGUUCCCUUGGAAAUGGUACAGUUGGAGGCACACCUGACUGGGCGGCGAAGGCGCCUGCAACUUCAGCCAACACCCAUGGCUAAGAAUAGCUCCUCUGCGGGUGCUGUUAAUCUCUGGGCAGUUCUUCACCACUAGGUCAUGGACCCCAGAGGCUGGCGAGACUGAGGUAAGCCUGGCGUGUCCUUGCUUCACCUCUCCUCUUGAGACCUUGUUCCUCCUCCUGGUGCUGGCCGUCCUCCCUCCAUGUCCAUUCAGAGGCCUGGCCCCUGUGCCCACAGUGCCUUCUGCACUCACACAGUGACCCCUUCUUUCCAGCAACGCCGACUCCUCCCUGCCCCUCUCUGUCAUGUGCCUACCUUUCUUUGACAGGUGAUGUGACAGACCAGUAGAAUUGAAAGGCUUGUGACUCUGUGGUCCUCUUCUCAGUGAUUCCUCCUGUUAAGAGAGGGACCCAGAAGGUACAAUUGCCAGGCCAAAGCUUCCCCUUCCUAACGGUGAAAUAUUAGGUUAAUUGUGUGACACCUCAGUGAACGAUAGACUUACCCUGCUUAAUGUGCCUUUCACCAAAAAGGUCACGUGGGAAGUUUUUGACAUUUAGAAAUAUGACCUUUAAGUUGAAUCUUCAGCAGGACUCAGCAAAUCACAAAACAGUUUUUGUAUUUUCUUUAUUUGGGGACAUUAGACAUGGGAGUAGAGUAUGAAAUUCAGAAUGAUUCUACAUAGAGGAAAUAGCAAAAAUAAAAUUGCAUAUUCAGAAGUUAAAUGCUAGAAAUUCCAUGUGCGAGCACUUAAAUUUGGCAGUAUGGUAAACAGACAUUUACAGUAUCAGAUUACAUUAUUUGCUUAAUCCAGAGGGAUUUAAAAGUAUUGUAUGUUGCUCGCUGUCCCUGUUUUGCUGUUAUCUCUUCAUGAAGCCAUUGAAAAUGAGAGAGUUGCUUUCUGAGUGACAUGUCGAGGACAUAUCCCUCUUUGUGUUCUGUUGGAAGUUGGCUAUGAGUCCCAACAGACCUGUUGCCUUGUUCUCCAGGGCAUGUGUGAGAGCAGGAAAAUUUCCAGUUACAUCUGAAACAUAAGCAUGUUCUCAUUUCUUGUUCAAAACCAACAUGUAACAAGUGGUUGUCUCGACUUUAUUUUUAUUAUAAUUUUAGAUAGUAGCUAGCUAUCUUUAUAAAGGGAAUCCUUGACAAGAGAAGAGAGAUUCAGACAUUUGUUAAAACUCCCCACCCCAUUUUCUCUUCCCUAGCCCUGGAGGUCUAUGUGGUAGAGUAGCAUCACGAUUCCAAAGGACAUUGCAAACUGACAAGUACAAAUCGAGUCCCAGUACAGUCAGGUAGAGAAUUUACGCCCUGCUCCUUAACACUGGGAGAGCUGAAGGUGGAGCAGUUGGGAAGUAGAUGAAGGUCAUUUUCAAAUUGGACUCGUACGUUCAUUCGCUCUUCCGGCUCCUUGGGCCUCAUACGGCUGCAGGCCUACAGGUUCAGAAGCUGUAAAUGCCCCCAUCUUCAAGGGGAGGUGGGGGCAGUGGCGCUCGAUUCUGUUCAACUGGCAGUCUCAGGUUGGACUGAGCCACCCUGUGAGAACACAGAGGCUCGUGUGAUUAUAAUGAGGACCUCAGAGGGGACAGGGCGAGGACGGCCUUGCUGACACUUUGAGGCUGGACUCGAUCGCUUGUUAGGGUUUUUAAUGUUUUAAUGUUUUUAAUGAAGGGAAGGAGUGGGAGUACAUCUGUACACCUCGCACUUUGCUUAGGAAAGAGGAACAAUAUUUUCUUCUUAGGAAGAAAAACAUUGUUUGCACCAGUCACACACUACCUCCCUCCUGAAGCUCAGCAUGUUUGAAAAGGCUGCCCCCAUCACGUACCCUGUCUGAGUGGUCAGUCUGCAGGGCUAGCAGUUGACCUGCAGUUUAGGAUCAGUUGGAGCAUCUUGAGAAUCAAGUGUUUGUUGGUGCCUAAGGUGGGUAGUAACUUGUGUACGGAAGUUCCUUUAGCUUGUGACUUGCCGUUUUUUAAGUAAUCCCUGUAUUUUAAAACCUCUGCUGUGUGGCGGAGCUGGUCUGUCCGUGCAGACAGGCAGAUCGUUCUCUCCUCCCAGAUUUGCCUUCUGCUGCAAAUGUUUUCAGAUGCCUCAGCUGGAGGUGGGGUGAUCGGGUGUGUGAGUGUGGAUUAUGGGCCUCAGAGAGCGUUCCUGUGACAGGGGUCACACUGAGCUGCUCGAACACAAAGGAUCAUAUGUGUGUUUGUGUUUUGAAUCU